AUGAUCUCUUUAGAUGAUCAGACCAAUGACCUAUUCGCCACUCCAGGCCACGGGUCAAUCUCGUCGAUUGGUGAAAGGAAGGGCUCAACCGCCUCGGGCGCUCCCAGCGCUACUUACACAAUGAUGAACCCAUCGCAUCAGGAUAGACGACAUAGCCUCGAUGGAUCCGAUGAUGGAAGCCAAGAGAGCAUCCAGGUCGGCGCCAACUCCUUAGAAGACAACAUGUCGGACGAGUUUGGACUUUCGACAGGUGGACUCGGUGACGGUACUGACCUUGGAGGGAAACUGAAAGAAAACAAAUCCGACCCUGCCCCGGCAUGGAGUGAGCUAAAGACAAAAGCGGGCAAGGAGAGGAAACGAUUGCCAUUGGCAUGCAUUGCGUGCCGGAGGAAAAAGAUACGUUGUUCAGGAGAGAAGCCAGCCUGCAAGCAUUGUCUUCGGUCCCGGAUCCCCUGUGUUUAUAAGGUCACAACGCGGAAAGCGGCUCCAAGGACCGAUUAUAUGGCCAUGCUGGAUAAGAGACUUAAAAGAAUGGAAGACCGGAUUAUAAAACUUGUGCCUAAAUCGGAGCAGGAUUCCUCUGUUAGUAACGUUGUUCGAGGCGUGGUCAAGCCUGCAAUCCCUGGAAGCCUCCCCACAGGAAAACAGGCAACGAAGAAGCGAGGAGCAGAAGAGGCAUUUGGCGCGGAGUUGGACCAUUGGGCUAGAAAUGGAACCAAAGCUAGAUUAGAGGGCUCUGGCAAACCAACAUCGUUACAAGUUCAGGAGGCUGAGGAGAAUAAAUUGCUAUAUGAAGGCGCCGAGGCGCUGCCGCCAAAAGAUAUCCAGGAACAUUUAGCGGAUGUGUUCUUCGAAAAUAUAUACGGCCAAGCUUACCACCUCCUUCACAAGCCGAGUUAUAUGAGGAAACUAAAAGCCGGCACAUUACCCCCUGUUCUAGUACUUUCUGUCUGUGCAAUCUCUGCCCGAUUUUCUACCCACCCGAAGUUCGCGACAAUGAACAACUUUCUCCGGGGCGAGGAGUGGGCAGCACCUGCUCGGGAUAUCGUGAUGAGACGUUAUGAAUGGCCCAACAUUACGAUAUUGACAUGUCUAUUACUUCUGGGCUUACAUGAAUUUGGCACUUGUCACGGAGGACGAAGUUGGUCGUUAGGUGGCCAGGCCAUCCGAAUGGCGUUUGCAUUGCAACUACACAAAGAUCUAGAGUACGAUCCUAUGCGGUUUAAUCCAACCAAGCAACUCAGCUUCAUCGACCGCGAAAUCCGAAGGCGUACGAUGUGGGCUUGCUUUCUUAUGGACCGGUUCAACUCUUCAGGAACCGAUAGGCCUAUGUUUAUAAAGGAAGAAUCAGUCAAGAUUCAAUUACCUAUCAAGGAGAAGUUUUUCCAACUCGAUAUGCCCGGCCCUACUGAAGAUUUGCAAGGACAAGUUCCCCACCCAGUGCCGACCGAUGAGGGUCAGCUUUCUAACGCCAAAGACAACAUGGGCGUCGCGGCAUACAUGGUUCGUGCCAUUGGUUUAUGGGGGAGAAUAAUAAAUUUCCUAAAUCAAGGAGGGAAAGAACUAGACGAGCAUGCGAUGUGGAGUACUGAUUCCGAAUAUGCUGGGCUUCUCAAGCAGGCCGAGGAUCUUGCCGACAACCUUCCAGACGGUCUGAAAUACAGUGCCGAAAACCUUCAUCUACAUCAGACGGAAGGAAUGGCUAACCAGUUCCUAUUCUUACAUAUAUCGAUACAGCAGAAUGUCUUGUUCAUGAACCGCUUUGCUGUGUCUUCGCCAGGUGGACUGUCUAACGGGGACGUUCCCACGACCUUUAUCACGCAGGCGGGGGCGAAGGCCUUCGCUGCGGCUAACAGGAUAUCGGAGUUAUUAAAGGAUUCAGAGCACCACAUGAUCGCUGCGCCUUUCGUCGGUUACUGUGCGUUUCUGUCGAGCACUGUUCAUAUAUUCGGCAUCUUCUCUGGAAAUUCCACGGUUGAGACUGCAGCAAAGAAAAACCUGGCAAUAAAUGUCAAGUUCCUCUCGAAGAUGAAGCGGUACUGGGGGAUGUUCCAUUUCAUGGCCGAAAAUCUGCGUGAACAGUAUAAGACGUGCGCCGAUGCUGCGCGGCAGGGCACACCAGCCAAUGAUAACUCGUCCUCGCCGAUAUUCCAGUAUGGAGAUUGGUUUGAUCGAUAUCCCCACGGCGUGUCGCAGCCUGAAUUCCCCGAACCGGCCUCGUUCAAGAAGAAGGAAACGGGCGAAGAUGCAGUGCUCGAGCAGAAACCAGAAUUGCACACGGUCGAGGAGUUUUUCACGCAGCUCUCCCCACCGCCAAGUACGGGAGAUGGACGUGACAAUGCUGGUCCAAGCAGGCCGCCCUUGAUGAAACGGAAGUCGAUAGCGAAAAAGAAUAGUAUCUCUUCACGCGGCAGCGAACAGCAACAACUUGAGCCCCUCCUUACUGACCUUGGCGCGGCCAGUAUACCUGAUCAGAUUCAACGCAUUCAGCAGGCGCAGCAGCAAAGGGCGCAUGCCCAACGGAACUAUUCCCGUAUGAAUGGACAAAACAGUGGGCGGAUCCCCUUCAAUUCUAACGUCGCGCAUGCAUGCUCACGAAAAGCAGCAGCGAAUUACCACUCCCUGUCGCCGAUUAGCCCUGUCACAGUCGGCGGAUUCCAGCAUGGCCAUGGCCACCAGCAUCACGGCUACUACAAUCCUGACUUGUUUUCCUUAUCCCUCACACACAAUGCCGCAGGGAUACUACCACAGCUCGAUCGACAACUUGUAUUCAAUGCGUACGGUGGGCUAGAUCCUGCAACCAUCAGCGGGCCUGAAGCUAUGAUGGAUUGGGACGCGCUGGCCGGGAAUGGUAGUAGCUCAAGCAACGCGAACGGAUCGAACGGCGGGCCGGGUGAUGGGCCGGGUAGCCAUCAUGACAAUUUGCCUGCCGGGUUUGUAGCCGAGCCCUCGUCUGCGUGGUUUAUGCCGUUCAACAUGGAACCGCCAGAAUUAGGCCAAGAUCUGGGCGGUAUGGGCGUAGAUGGAUUCGGGAUGUUUAGUCCUGGUGGCGUCCAUACUCCGGGGCCCGGCUUAGGUCUGCGAAGAGGAGGUCGAUGA